AUGUCUCGAAGAGGAAGCGACGUCUGGAACCAUUUUGUUGCCGAGAAUCAAACAUCAGCGAAAUGCAAACACUGCGACGCGACAAUUCGCCGACAUGGCAAUACAACAAAUCUUCGAGAACACCUUAUGAGACGCCAUUCAAAUGUUUACCAACCAACCGCAUCAACUAGCGCUGGCUGUUCAUCGGUAACAAGCUUCUUUCAAAAGAAGAUUGACCUAUCAGGAGGCAAAGCAAAAGAGAUCACUGCGCAUAUUGCCAACGUCUGUGUUAAAGAUUUGCGUCCAUUUAGCAUCGUAAAAGAUACUGGGUUCCGUAAUCUCAUUGCGCAUGCAUGGCCAACCUACCAAAUCCCUAAUCAAGAAACGAUCCGUCAACUGGUCAUGCUUCGACACACUGCAGGCAUACAAGCUCUGAAGAGCGAGCUAGAAAAAUUGAAAUCUGACAUCUCCAUCACUACUGACGGCUGGACCAGUAUGGCGCAGGAUAGUUAUUGCACAAUUACCGGUAAGUCACAAAUUUCAGUUAUCAAUUUCUGUUUUGUAGCUUUCAAUCUAUACCUGUUUUGCUCUGUGAAUUAAUUUAUCUAUUUUUUCUUGUGUAGUGCACUUCCUUCGUGAAUGGGAAAUGACGUGCAAAGUCCUUGCGACAAGAGCAAGCCUUGAUCGUCAUACCGCGGUGAAUUUAGCUGCUGAGGUGAACAACACGAUGAAAGAAUUUGGCCUCGAACAUCGUGUGUUUGCCUGCAUUCACAACAAUGCUGCAAAUGUUAAUCUUGCCGGCCAGAUGAUCAAUGGCACAAAAGACAGACCGAUAGCCUUCAAUAUCGGCUGUGCGGCACAUAGUCUGAAUUUGUCGAUUGGAGAUGCGAUGAAAAAGGGGGUUGACCAGCCUUUCGAAAACAUGGUUGCUGCUGCCAGGAGGCUAGUGGGGCAUUUUAAAAUGUCCAGUCUGGCAACAAAUGGUCUUCGCACUAAAGUGAAAGAGAUGCUGUCGUCUGAACAUCAUGGCAAAGGAUUGAUUCAGGAUGUGUCUACCAGAUGGAACUCCACAUUUUACAUGUUGGGGCGUCUGUCGCUGUUGCGUUGGCCAGUCGUUGCGGUGUUGUCUGAUCAAUCUCUGACCAAACCACAAGAAGCAAGGGUCCUAGAUAUGCCAGCCAAAUCUUGGAAACUUGCCGAGGAAAUAAUUCCAGUUCUUAGGAAGGUGGAGCUGGCUACUGUUCUUUUUAGCUCGCAGUCUAAAACAACAUCUGGAGUUGUCCUGCCUGCUAUUACCGGUUUGGUUGAACAAUUGAAAGCCAUGACCUUUGAGUGUGCGGUAACUGAUGGCCGACGGCGAGCAACCACUCCACCAGGGCAGAAUUUUAGGGAUACCCUCGUCCAGUCGUUGACUGAAAGAUUCUUUCUCGACCAAUUGGAUGUCACCUACGAGGAAACAAACACUUGCGAACUGGUUCCAUUUUAUCUGUUGGCUUCAUUCAUGGAUCCCAGAUUCCGUAACCUGUCAUUUCUGAGCGAACACGAGAGGCAUGCAUUAGCGAAGUUUGCGUCAAAGACUGUGAAAGCCAUGCCAUCAUUGCCUACAAGCAGCGGCGCUGCUAGCAGUACAUCCGAACCAGAGGUUUUUCCACCGCCAAAGAAAUCCAAGUCAGAGGUAGCCAUGGAAGAGUUGCUUGGUAAAGGAAAAUCGAGGAAUCCACACGCGAAGAAGAAUCUCAAGCGGAAAAGAAUCGAAAGAUUGAUAAAGAGGUACAGCAACUGA